AUGUUCGCCUCCCCCGUCUACCGCAGUACCUGGAAGGGCGACGGCAAGAGCACCGCCGCCGCCCUCGUCAUGCAGAAGGCCUUCGAGGGCGUCAUCCUGACCGCCCCGUACCCCAAGAGCCAGAUCGACAUCUAUUUACAGGUCCUCCAGAACGACGGCGGCGCGCUCGUCGCCACUGUCAAUGCCGCCAGUUUGGCACUGGUUAAUGUCGGCGUCGCCAUGUCGGAUUUCGUCGUCGCUUGUGGUGUGGGCUUUGUGGACGACACCUUUGUCGUUGAUCCUAGCUCGUUGGAGAGCGCCUCGGAUCGCCCGGAGCUCACGCUCGCCGUCUUGAGUCACUCUGCUAAGAUUGCUUCGUGUCAGUUGGAUAGCAAGCUCCCGGAUGGCGAGUCGUUUGAACGCGCUUUGGAGUUUGCGACGUCGGGUGCCAACCAAAUUUUCAAGGUCCUCGAGUACGAAGUGCGCAAGUAUAGCUUGAACGGGCCCGGCGGGCCGCGGCGCGGCGUGGCGCGCGCGAACCGGCCGCGAGGGGGAGAGGCCGGUGGCGAGCGCCAGGUGGGCGAGACAAGGGAGCUCGGGCGCGCGCGACCUGAAGCAACUUGCUCA